AUGGGCGUACCCGGAGAGGACAGCGCUCCAGCGCUGUUCGAAUUCGGCACCGCGUUCCUGAAGCAGGAGGUGCUCGGCCGGCUGGAUCUCGCGGACCGAGCAUCGUUACUCGAAACCUGCCGAAGCGGUCGCGACCUCGUCAAGGAUGCGGGAUUGGACCCGUCCACCAGCGGGCGGCUGCAGCUGAAGGAUUUUGUCGGGUCAGUGGAGCGAUUGGCGUGGGCGCGAGACCACGGCUGCCCGAUGGACACCACAGUCUGUGCUACCGUCGCUCUGCAUGGUCAGCUUGACGUGCUGCAGUGGGCAGUGGAGCAGGGCUCGCCUUGGGAUGCGCUCACAACGGCGGCAGCAGCGGAAGGCGGACACCUGGAAGUGCUAAAAUGGGCGAGGGAAAAGGGAUGCCCCUGGUUAUGCUGGACCAUCGAGAGUGCCGCUGAGCACGGGCACCUCGAAGUCCUCAUGUGGGCGAGAGAGCGUGGGUGCGAAUGGAGUCCUCUCGCGUGUUCGCUUGCGGCGCGGGGUGGUCACCUCCAGGUUCUGAGGUGGCUCAGAGACGAGAGUGUGCAUGGGAAAGGGUCGGUGUGCCCUUGGAACGCGUGGACCACCGAGGAAGCGUCGAAAGCCGGUCAUGUUGAAGUUUUGCGCUGGGCUUAUCAAAUUGGCGGAUGUUCCAUCAAUGCGACUCGAUGCGUCAAGCGCGCGGUGGAGAAUGGGCGACUCGAGGUGCUGAAAUACCUCUGGGAGCAGAACCCCGACUUCUUCGAUGGGAUCGCAGAUGUGUGGAGGAUGGCGGGCGUGUGCGGUCAGAUCGAGGUGUUGCGUUGGUUGUUCGCUGUUGGCGCGAGGCCUGCGGACUUCAGCGAUGAAGUCAACAUCACCGCCGGGUGGGGGCGACAUAAAAGUGGAUUCGAAUGCCUGCGAUGGGCAUACGAUGUUGCGCACGUGCCUCUGACGUCAGAUAACAUAUGGGACGCUGCAGUUGGCGGCAUGCUCGAGGCUAUGCAAUGGCUCAGGGAGCGAGAGGUUGAUUGGGCGGAUGGAACCACCACUGAGCUCGCCAAGUCGGGUCACUUGGAGUUGCUGAUAUGGGCGCGACAGAACGGCGCUUCGUGGGAGGAAGAGACUUUCCCGUGCGUCAAGUACACGCGGGGACUGGGUAGGAUCCGCAGAUAUCUCAGAGACGAAGGGUGUCCUGGAAGCAGUUCGGAAGACCCAGACAACGCCGACGUAGAUUGGAUGGAUUAA